GUUUCCAUAGCGCCGCUCCGACCUGCUGAGUGAGUUGAUUGUUCAACUUCUGAUUCAGUUCCCUCGGUGACACAAACCCAAGGACGUCGUAGCAUUUUAUCCUUUUUACGGUUUUAAUUGUUUCGCUUUAUUUCCGGACAUUUCAUUUCAGUAUGUGAAUUUUAUUUAUUGAGGCACCUGCUCGGCUGACUAAUUAUGGGAUAUCAAACGGUAAAAAUCGACUUCAGGAUCUGAACUGGAAUAUUUAGUUUUUUGUUUUAAUGUCGGUCGCUUUCCUAAAACGGCAACAAUGAACUGCUUCAACAAAAAGCUGAGACGCACAUCUCCCAUGCAUGGCAGCAGUAAAAAUGAACUGGUCCCCUCAAAACCUCCAAGGGUGAACGGAUGGUCGUGGCCCCCCCAGGCUUUCCAAGUAGUCGGCUGGGUGGUGUACAGCUACCUCGGGAUCGUCAGCUUUGGCAUCUAUAUCCCUCUUCUGCCUCCACCAUGGAACCAUGUGGUCUAUUCUGUAACUGGCAUAGCUUUUGUUUUGCACUUUCUCACCAAUAUUGCAGCUGUGACUAUAGACCCAGCAGAUGGCAGUGUGAGGGCAAAACAGAGCUACUCAAAUCCAAUGCCGUUUUUUGACCGGAUGAAGCAACCGCACGUCAUCAAGGAUCUACACUGUUAUUUAUGUGAUGUCAAGGUUGGCCCCAAAGUUAAACACUGUGGUGUUUGCAACAAGUGUGUUGAAGACUUUGAUCACCAUUGCAAAUGGCUGAACACCUGUGUGGGGGGCAGAAACUACUGGUACUUCUUUGUGGCACUGUGCUCUGCUACACUUUGCGUCUUCAUGCUCGUUGUUGUCAUCUUGUUCAUAUGUAUUCAGCAUUACCUGGAUCCAGGGAGUCUCCGGACGGCCCCUCAGUUUCACGAUAUGCUGGGGAAUGGUACCUGGCUGGUGUUUUUACCCCUGGCACCCAUAAAGACUAGUUCAGCUGGUCUCCUUAUCUUAGCCUUUGUGACAGCCAUUCUGAGCAUCACCUGCUUGCUGCUGCUCGGUCAUCUGCUGGGCUUUCACUUUUACCUCUUUUUUAAAGGCAUAAGCACGUAUGAUUAUGUAAAGAUGCAGCGCCAAAAAGAGACCAGAAAAUCUGACUCAGGAAAUCCAAAAGAUGUGAAAAUCCAUAACAAGACCCUACAGUGUCAAGAUAACUCCAUUGACGUACCUGCAAAUUUGAAAAGCCGACUUUCAGAGUCAAUAUGCACUGAGUUGGAGAACUUUAGGAAAUCAGAGAACAGUUUCCAUUAUGGCACAGAAAAUCCAAGUAGGGGAAUUGAACACCAGUAAUAACAAGAUGCCCGAAAAUGAAGAGACUCACAGCGGCGUUGUGACGUCUGCUCACCGAGUUCCAGGAGUGCAGGACCCUCUGGGCAGCGCCGUUAUGACUCCAGAUGACACUUAGCAGUAACUGAGGUCUGCAUGGCGAUGCAUCGGGAUAAGCUGCUCUGAGGUUUCAUAAUUUUAUCAAGGAAGAUGUGCAUCACAAAGCUUUGCCAAACAAUCACACGGAGCAUUGUGUUUUGGACAGAGGACGUGUUGAACUUCAUGGAAACCGUUUUUUCCUCCAGUGGAUAUUUUAUCUGCAGUCUGAACAAUUGUGAAGCCGUCAUUGUGUUUUCUUUUUUUUUUUUUAUCUGCACUGUGUUUUUAUGACGACCUUCGAAUUAUUUAAAGCAUUGUUUUUUCUCACUGAUUUUGAAAAGAGAGCCAAAGUCCGGCCCCCCUUCCAGGUUGAGCACUUUUCCACUGAUCAGAUAAAUGGAUGGAUUUUGGCAUCUUUCUCAAACAUGUUAUUGAAGUUUAUUGUUUCUAUUCUAAGCCAAAUGGGAUCAAGAAAUGUACUGGCAGUAACCUUUAGCUUCAUAUCAUUUUAUCUGAUGGCCAAAGAGAAACCUUUUUAUGGAAAAAUGCAUAGUCUCACUAAAGGUAGUGGAGCGAACUAGCUUGUGAAAAGGACAGCUCUGUAGCUCUCUGUUGCUGUUUAUGAUUAUUUAAGGAUUAUAUAAAGCUGUUUGGGUUUAGAGACUGUUUUUACUUGAUUUGAUAGUAAAGAUUUUAGAUUCAACAGUUAA